GUCCGAAAGAUACUCCCACGAAGAUCUGGGCCGAAGCAAGUUUUUUUUUUCUUCUCGUUGUUGUUGGGGGGAGCCAGAGAAAAAACACGUAGACACUUUGGUAUGUUUGUAAACGGACUCAAAAGUUCUUUUUGUUGAAAAAGUAAGACGACAUUACUGUGAUGUAUGCGGAUGUGAAUAACUGGUCAACAACGCUGGUCAACCCAAACGGGACAGAAGAGGAGCGCUGAGGGGAAUCCGAGUUUACCGGCGUUAGUUUGAGAAGGAAGGGAGGAACGUUUUGCAACAAAAAAAAAAAAGACCAAGCGCUUCUGUCAACUUUUAAGGACCUCUCUUUGAAGGAACGUCUGUAAACUAUGGCGAAAAAGUAUGAUUUUUUGUUCAAGUUGCUGCUCAUCGGGGACAGUGGAGUCGGUAAAACUUGUCUGAUCAUUCGCUUUGCUGAGGACAAUUUCAACUCCACCUACAUCUCAACUAUCGGCAUCGACUUUAAAGUUAAAACCAUUGAAGUUGACGGGAAGAAAGUGAAACUGCAAGUAUGGGACACAGCGGGCCAAGAGAGGUUUAAGACCAUCACCACGGCCUACUACAGAGGAGCCAUGGGCAUCAUCUUGGUGUACGACAUCACAGACGAGAAGUCCUUCGAAAACAUCCAGAACUGGAUGAAGAGCAUCAAAGAAAAUGCAUCAGCGGGGGUGAGCCGAAUGUUGCUCGGAAAUAAGUGCGACAUUGAGGCAAAGCGGAAGGUUACCAAGGAAACAGGCGAAAAGCUGGCUAAAGAUCACGGUAUCAGGUUCUUUGAAACCAGCGCCAAGUCCAGUAUUAACGUCGAGGAGUCCUUUCUGUCAUUGGCAAGAGACAUACUUCACAAAUCCAGCAAAAAAACCGGUCCCACAGGCCGAGAGGUGAAGAUCACCAGCAGCACACAGAAAAAAACGUCCAAAUGUGCUCUUCUCUAGAUAUUGGCGCACGCACACACACACACACACACACAGUUGCCCUUCAACUUAUUAAAAAAAAAAAAAAACACAUCAGUAUGAACCAGACACAGGAAAGUCUCACGUCUCCAUCUGGUGGCUCACAUGUCCACUAUGUACACAGCACAGUUCUUGUUCUUUGCACAGUCUCCCCGCAACCGCUUUGCAUUCCAUUUUUGAAAAGGGCUCAUCAUACAGUCAGCGAGAAAUCAUUUCUUUGGCUUUUUAAGAAUCAUUUUUUUGGGAUUCAUUUCUCCCAUUCCUACUCGUGGCGUGUGCAAUAUGUGUGACCACCCUAAUCACCGAAUCCUAAAACGGAGGACAAGUGAGCAUUUGUGAGGUGCGAUUGUGUCGAUCUUACCACAGACUGAAUCGGCUUCCAAUGUAGUCUUCAACAUGUUCAACUAUAACUGUUACCUUUGAUAUUUCAUAUUAGAAUCAAGCAGAAGUAACACACCGAGGAAACUAAAUACACGAUGUGAAAAGUAAACGU